AUGCAGAUCUUCGUGAAGACCCUAACUGGCAAGACCAUCAACCUCGUGGUGAAGCCCUCUGCCUCCAUUGCAAAUGUCAUGGCCAAGAUCCAACAGAUCGAUGGAAUUCCCCCAAAUCAGCAAAGUUUAAUCUUUGCUUCCCAACAGCUGGAAGAUUGCCGUACCCUCUCUUACUACAACAUCCAGAAGAAGUCCACUCUCUCUCUGGUCUUGCGUUUACCUGAUCGUAUAAAGAUCUUCGCGAGGACCGUGACUGGUAAGACCAUCAGCCUCGAAGUUGAGCCCACUUCCUCCAUUGCGAAUGUCAAAGCGAUGAUUCAAGACAAGCAGGGUAUUCCUCCAGAUCAGCAGAGGCUGAUGUUUAAUGGCAACGAGCUGGAAGAUAAUUGUUACCUUUCUACCUACAACAUCCAGAGAGAUUCAACCCUCCAUGUGCAGUUAAAGUCAAUACAGAUCAUCAUUGUGAAAACCACUUCUGGCACAAUGAUCCCCCUCGAGCUCUUCCCCACUGACUCCAUUGAGAGUGUCAAGACCAAGAUCCAACACAAGGAGGGAAUUCACACAGAUAUGCAGAGGUUGAUCUUUAAUAGCCUUCAGCUGGCAGAUGGUCGAACCCUGGGUGACUAAAACAUCAAUGAUGGGGCUAAGCUCUUCCUGGUUUUGCGCGUCGCCGGUUCCUGAACCGCAUGCAACCCUUGCGAAAAACAAUGGAGCUUAAAAUUAUAAUAAUAAUUAAGGUCCAUUUUUAUUUCCGAUAUUGUGUAAAGAAUUGUUAAUGCAAAGAUAUUCCUUGAAAACAAGUUUAACCUCUUAUUACUUAUGCAAUGACUAUCCCAAU